GUGUUAACAGCCCUGGGACUGUGGGAAAACACAUGGCUUUGAAGUGCUUUACACUCAAUGAUCUACUACUGAUCCUGAAAACCUUCAAACAAAGGAGCCAUGUAGAAAGGUGUCUGAUGGAAAAGUAACCUGUCCUUGGUGAACCCGUUUCCUGAGCGAACGAACCACAGCACUGUGUUUAAGGAGUGGAGGUGACCAUGAUCUCCAUGGCUCUCCGCUCGCUCGUUCUGGUGGCUUUCAUCAUUCUGACCGUCGGUGGGAACAUGCUGGUGUGUUUGGCUGUGGGACUCAGCCGUCGACUGUGGCGCAUCGCUAACUGCUUCGUUGUGUCCCUGGCGGUGACGGAUCUGAUGCUAGGCCUGCUGGUGUUGCCCUUUUCUGCCAGCGUGGAGUUGCGCAGCGGAAAAUGGCCCCUCGGAGGAGCCCUGUGUAACAUCUACAUCUCUCUGGAUGUGCUGCUCUGUGCAUCCUCAAUCCUCACCUUGAUGGCCAUCAGUGUGGACCGAUACUUAGGCAUUACAGCUCCCCUUAGCUACUCCCGGAGAGUUACCCGUCUGAGGGUGACACUGGCCUUGAUCACCAUCUGGGCUUUGUCACUAGCAGUGUCCUUUGUGCCCAUCCACCUGGGCUUGAACACAGCAGACUACAGAGUGCAGCACUCGGACUGGGGCAUGGGGGAGGACAAAGAGGGACACUACUGCCAGUUUGAAUGGAAUAACAACUACGUUCUCGUUUAUACCUUUGGCACAUUUUACCUGCCUCUGCUGCUUAUGUGCGGAAUGUAUCUUUGCAUAUUCAGAGUGGCACGAGAACAGGUGAAGCGAAUUCGUGCUGCCACUCCGUCGUUUGCACGCUCAGCAUCAAAUGCAGCCAUAGCUCGGGAGCACAAAGCUACAGUGACAUUGGUAGCUGUUCUGGGGGGUUUUGUCAUCUGCUGGUUCCCCUACUUCACCUUAUUCACCUGCAUGGGCAUAAAGGAAAAUACAAACCCCCCUAAUACACUUAACUCUGUGGUCCUGUGGCUGGGCUAUUUUAACUCGGCUCUUAACCCAAUCCUGUAUCCAGCCUUCAACAGGGAUUUCCGCAAGGCCUACGCAGAGCUGCUUCGCUGCAGAGGGUCGUUUCGCAGAAAACUGCAGCUCACUCGUGUGUCAAUUCAUAAACGAUUGACCUUUACUAAUGGACAAAUGGUCUCCCAACAGUCUGAGAAACAUAAAAACACGGAUAAUAAUGUAACUGACACAAAGACCGUCAGUCCACAGGAGAGAAAUGGUAUCCCGAGUGAGCCAAGCUAAAUUGCUAUGGACCUGUUGUUGUUCUGCUGGACUGUAAACCUGCAGCAAGAUGUUGUAAAUGAACAUGCUAACUAUCACUUAGAUGUUACGCAUUGUGCCAAAGAUAAUAUGUACACCUCAAAACACAACAUUCAAGGUUUCAGCACAGCAUUUGUGUUAAUGUACCGGGUAUUGAUAACACUUUCUUUGGCACCAAUGUGGAAAAUUCAUUAUGAAAAUACAAAAACAGGGUCUUAACCUGAUGAUGGCACCUUAUUACACAUUGUUUUAAUCAUUUCUAAUGAUAAAUGCAAUGGCAAUUUAGAGUUAGAAUCACAAUGCAGUGCAUUACAUCAGAUUAUAAUGUAUUAUAAGACAAUCAUAAUGUAUUAAAACUAAAGGAAAUUUUAAACACAAUCAGUCAGCGUGUGACAAUGAAGGUUAAUGCUUUUAAGCAUUAUAUAGUAAAAUAUAUUACUAAAAUAUGCUCAGCAAUUUGUUGUGAUUACUAUAAAGUAUCAUUAAUAAAUGUAUACAGUGCUAUAAGCAUAUUUUGAUGGAUUACAAUAAUAAUAGCAAUAUAAUACAUUUCAUUUAUAGUGUGCUUUUCAAGAUACUCAAAGACACUUUUACGGGGUAAACAUAUUGAGUAUGUUUAUAAUGCAUUAUAGAAAUGGGCACCAUAGAAAGUGUUACCAAAGUAUUAUAAUGUACAGUACUGAAUUGUCUGUUUAUAAGGCAGGUGUAAAAAGCAAAGAAAAAUGUAAUUCAAAAUAAAGGGCAGACAGACGGCAGAGUGGAAUAAAUAGAUGACUCAGUAAGUUUCCCAGUUAUUUUCCUGGAGACACAGAUGGUUACAAAGUGUUUAUUUUCUCUCCCGUCAGCCCUGCCAAUUAAAGUGAAUAAGUGACCAGCAAGUUGAUUUUUUAUGUGCAAAAUGUGUAUAUGUUUGACUUGACCUCGGCACGGUGACCUUUAUGACUUCCUGUAUGUUUUUACAGAUGAAUUGCUACUGGACAGAACAGCUGCCCCCAACAAGUCACGCUUGGACGGACACUAUAUCAUUUUUCAUUAAAUACAAUAAAAUCUACAUCCAUGAAAAGAUUGCUUGGAUAUAUACUUUAUAUCCUUUUGGGGAUUAUUCUCAUGUAAAGACAGCAAAGGUUAAAAUAAUGUGACAA